AUGUGCCGCAAAGAGAUCUACUUCAACACUUACGCGGAUGGGGAUGAGGUUGUUACCGAGAAGAUGUACCCUUGUCGGGAUGGACACCGAUGUUCUCGGCCUGAUGUCCGCACCUACAACCGCAAAUUUCCAUUCUCUAGGCUAAGCAAUCUGGGUUCUGAGUCCCACCGAAGCCUUUCAGAACGCAUUCCAACUCCUUACUUCCCAGACUAUGUUUCCAGCUCAAAGUCUUCAUCUUCUCGCCGGCGGAACUCAGAAGUGUACUCGAAAGGAGUCAAGUCGAAUAAGCACUACGACUACGACGACCCGUAUAUCCUCCUUGACCCCUACGACUAUCAACGUUCCUCUCGUCGCGAGCGCGACCGCUACGAGAAGGAAUCCUCCAAGUCCAAGCAUUCCUCCAGCACACCGCUUAUUGUCUACAAGGACCGCGACUCUCGGUCACGCUCUAAAGGCCGUGAAUACUCCGACGAUAUCUCCAUCGGCCUAGCAGACGACUACGACCGUCGCCGUUCCCGCGAUGAUUCGCGCGACGGCAGCGACUCCCGCCACCGGCGCCGCAACAGUGUGGAUAUACCCGACUAUGUGUUUGUGGAGGAGAGCUCCCGUCCCCGCGAGCGCAGGCGCAUGUCCAUGUCCAGCUACCCUGAGCCGACCGGUUCCCGCAGCCGGACGGGCCUGAACGCGUACGCAUAUACCGAACCGCUGCGCCGGUCGUCAACUGUUAUUCACCAUAGCGAUGGUUCCUUGUCUAAGCCUAAACAGCUGCGUUGGGAGGACGAGGUGCGUGCCAAGCGGGCGAAGCAGAAUGCUGAGAUUGCCAGCCGCCCUGCGCUAGUGUCUAGCAGUGGAGAGCCGUUGAAGGGUAUCUUGAAGAGGAGCAACAGCGACUCGUACAGGACGUCGUCGAAGGGAAAGGAUAGGGACUGGGAUGACAUUGCGGAAUUGAGGGGGGCUGUGGAGAGGAUGGAACUGUCUAGAGGGCGGGACAGGAAGAGUAAGGUUUUGGGAGAGGAUUGGGGAGGGUUUAGUCAUUUUGAUGACGAUUAUGGAGAGAAGAGGAGGAAGAGAGGGCGGUGGGAUGAGAACUAUUGGUACUAG